AUCAUAGAGUUGAGUCAGUACUUCAGCAACACCACCACAGUCCACAGCAUUUGUCCUUCCUCGCCGACGGGAACACGAGAAAAUCCCCAAACAAAACCAACCAAUUAUGGCUUCUUCCACCAAAUCCAACGACGAUCAGAUUCUGGUGGAGCGUAAAUCAUCUGCGAGAGUUUUGACACUAAACAGGCCUAAGCAAUUGAAUGCCCUCUCUUCUUAUAUGGUAUCUCGGCUACUUGAAAUUUUUCAUGACGAUGAGAGAAAUUCUGAUGUUAAAUUGAUCAUCAUGAAGGGAAAUGGAAGGGCAUUUUGUGCUGGUGGUGAUGUUGCAGCCGUUGCUCGUGAUGCGAGAGGACGUGAUUGGUGGAAGGGUGCAAAAUUUUUUGAGGCUGAGUAUAGAUUGAAUUACUUGAUGGCAACAUAUAGUAAACCCCAGGUUUCAAUUCUUAAUGGAAUUGUCAUGGGAGGUGGUGCUGGUGCUUCUAUCCAUGGAAGAUUUCGUAUUGCUACUGAGAAUACAGUCUUUGCAAUGCCAGAAACAGCUUUGGGUUUAUUUCCUGAUGUAGGUGCCUCAUAUUUCUUGUCUAGACUGGCUGGAUUUUUUGGAGAAUAUGCUGGUCUUACGGCGGCCAGGUUGGAUGGUGCAGAAAUGCUUGCUUGUGGUCUUGCAACACAUUUUGUCCCUUCAUCGAAAUUGUCUUUAUUGGAAGAAUCAUUAUGCAAGGUGGAAACUAGUGAUCCAACUGCAGUAUCUGCAAUUAUCGAUAAGUACUCGCAGCAACCUUUCCUAAAAGAGGAUAGUAUAUGUCACAGGAUAGAUGUCAUCAAUAAGUGUUUCUCUAGAAAAACAGUUGAGGAAAUAUUAUUUUCUCUUGAGAUGGAAGCUGUGAGUAAUGCUGAUAAUUGGAUUUCUACAACUAUUCAAACCUUAAAGAAAGCAUCUCCAACAAGCCUUAAAGUGUUUCUUAGAUUGAUUAGAGAAGAAAGGCUCCUAGGUGUUGGUCAAUGCCUUGUUUGUGAGUAUAGAAUUCUCUGUCAUAUGCUACGAGGACACUGCAGCAAGGAUUUCUUUGAGGGUUGUAGAGCUAUUCUGAUAGAUAAAGACAGGAACCCUAAGUGGGAGCCUUCCAAAUUGGAGCUUGUAAGUGAUAGGGACGUUGACCGUUACUUCUCUAAGCUUGAUGAUGAAGGAUGGGAAGAUUUGGAGCUACCCAAAAGGUUAAACAAUCUUCCUACAUAUGCUAUUUCAAAGCUUUAACUUAAAGGCACAAACAAUCAUAUCUUUUUCAGCCAAAAGUAUAGAAGACAAGUAUCAGUGUUCAGUGGAUUCUUGAAUGUUUAAUAUGGCAGUGUAUGAAUUUUUAUUUUUAUUUUUGUUAACGAUAAAAUAAAGUGAUGUUUAUAGUUUCUAA